AUGAAAGGGUUAAAUAAGCACUUUUUGGAGAGAUUUUCAGAUCUCGGCAGAAUUGAGAGUGACAUUCUUCUGUUCCAGAAUCCAUCUGAUUGUAACCUUGAUGAUAUGUCAGUUGAACUACAGUUGGUGCUCAUUGAUUUGCAAGCAAAUGACUUGUUGAAAGAGAAUCACAGAGAAAAAAAACUUGUUGAAUUUUAUUGCUGCUUACUUGAUGAUGAGUUUUCAAAGUUGAGGAAAUUUGCCUCUAGUAUUGCAUCAGUGUUUGAAACAACUUAUGUCUGUGAGCAAACAUUUUCAAAAAUGAAGUAUGUGAAAUCAGCACAUUGA